GAGGCUGAGGAUGACCCUAAAGUGGAGCUGGAUGGCCAGGACCUCUGGGACAGGUUUCACGCCUUAGGCACGGAGAUGGUGAUUACUAAGGCGGGCAGACGGAUGUUUCCACCAUAUAAAGUGCGCAUGUCAGGACUGGACAAAAAGUGCCAAUAUAUUUUACUUAUGGAUAUAGUCUCCGUGGACAGUUGCCGUUACAAAUUUCAUAACAACCAUUGGGUGGUGGCGGGAAAAGCUGAUCCGGAAAUGCCAAAGCGCAUGUACAUCCACCCAGACUCGCCUUGUUCCGGUGAGCGAUGGAUGCAGCGAGUUGUCUCAUUUCAUAAACUCAAACUCACAAACGACAUAGCGGACAAAAAUGGAUUCGUUAUCCUCAACUCCAUGCACAAGUAUCAGCCUCGUUUUCACCUUGUCCAAGCCAAUGACCUUUCCAAACUGCCUUACAAACGCUUCCGAACAUUUGUGUUCAAGGAAACCGCUUUCAUGGCUGUCACGGCUUACCAAAACACCAAGAUUACCCAGCUUAAGAUAGAUCAUAAUCCAUUUGCCAAAGGAUUUCGGGUAAACGGUGCUGCAAAGAGGGACAAAAGGUAG